GGAUUUCAUAAAGAAAAGUAGGCCUGACAAAAUCAAACUUAAAAAAAAAAUUGAUAAAAUACUCCCUCUUUCUCUCUGGUGGAUCGGAGAACAUAAAUAAACUGCAGAUAAAAUGGGGUUCAGCGAUAGGAUUGGGGUACGGGUGUCCAUGACUCACAUUCAGCCAGCUUUUCCUCCAUCUCAACAAAGAAAACUUUAACUGAACCUGCACAGGUGAGGAGGUGGAGAAGUAGGAGGACAGGUGAUGAAGAGGAGAACAGGUGAGGAGGAGGGCAGGUGAUGAAGAGGAGAACAGGUGAGGAGGAGGGCAGGUGAUGAAGAGGAGCUGAGGCAGCCUAACUUUUCUCUUCUCUCUCUCCACUUCAGUCUCCACUUAAGCUUCAACUGUUUCGGAUUAAACUGUUGACAUAGAUGAAGCGGAUCAGCUUUCUGGACGACCAGUUCUUAGGAGACGCGGCUCCGCAGCACCUUUUUUCCGCUAUUUGUCCUCUCAUCUCCCUGAACGUCGAGGCUCCUGGCUUCUUUUCUCUCGCUUCCAGCAACCCUAAAACAUUCUCGGAUUUUUCAGAAGCUCAGAUAUAUACUGAAAAUCUAAGGGAAACUCUGGGAUCUGCCUGAAUGAACCCAGGAAGACCAGCUGCAGAUUCGCAGAUUUGGUGGAAUAUCUGCAACAUAAAUGGAUUUAGACCUGGAGCGAACACAGGUACCCUUCUGCUGAAGAAACCACUCACACAAAAUCACAAAAUGUUGUUCUGAAAGACCUUAAAAAGAUUUAGCAGUUGAUUUUCUACAGAAAUGUUGAUGUUUUUAGAAAUCUUUAAGAAUCUGGAGUUCCAAGAAGAUUAUGGCAAAAGAAACAUUUGGAAAGCCCCUAAAGUCAUUUAUACUCCAGAUGUUCCUGAGAAAAUUUGGGAAAGACAUUUCCUGUUGGAUUACAAAAAGAAGUUUCAGGAGGAUGAUUAAAUCCAUUAACUUUGCAAGUCACUAAGACUGAGUGAGAGCAUAACAAGACUGUAAGCAGCCUAAAACUUUAAAUUGCUGCGAGGAACCCAAAGAUAUUCUGAAGGACCCUAAAGAUCCCAGAGAGGUCAGGGUGCAGCAGAGGUCUUUGAGCUCCUGGCCUGCAGUCCUUCUGGGACCACCUGAAGAAUCUAUGGGAACCCUGCGGGACCUUCAGUACGCUCUGCAGGAGAAGAUUGAGGAGCUGCGGCAGCGCGACGCCCUGAUCGACGAGCUGGAGCUGGAGCUCGACCAGAAGGACGAGCUGAUCCAGAAGUUGCAGAAUGAGCUGGACAAGUACCGCUCUGUGAUACGACCUGCCACAGCCCAGCAGGUCCAGGCCCAGCAGCAGAACCUGGUUCUGCAGCCAGACCAGCACCGUAGCAAGAGGCAGGCAAUCUCUGCAGAACCCACAGCUUUUGACAUAAGCGAGCUGUGCCACGUCACGUUGCCAUUCUACCCCAAGAGCCCACAGUCAAAGGAGUUGAUAAAGGAUGCCAUCUUGGACAAUGACUUCAUGAAGAACCUGGAGCUCUCUCAAAUCCAGGAAAUCGUGGACUGCAUGUACCCAGUUGAUUAUGGGAAGGAUGCCUGUAUCAUAAAGGAAGGAGAUGUGGGCUCACUGGUGUUUGUCAUGGAAGACGGGAAGGUGGAGGUGACCAAAGAGGGGAUGAAGCUGUGCACGAUGGGACCAGGGAAAGUUUUUGGAGAGCUUGCUAUCCUCUACAACUGCACCCGGACUGCUACAGUCAGGACUCUGGUCCAUGUGAAGCUAUGGGCCAUCGACCGGCAGUGCUUUCAGACCAUCAUGAUGAGAACUGGCCUCAUCAAACAUUCUGAAUAUAUGGACUUCCUGAAAAGCGUUCCGACCUUCCAGGGUCUUUCAGAGGAAACUCUUAGUAAACUGGCAGACGUCAUGGAGGAGACUCACUAUGACGACGGUGAGUACAUCAUCCGACAGGGAGCACGUGGAGACACCUUCUUCAUCAUCAGCAAGGGGAAGGUUAACGUGACUCAGGGGGAUUCAGUCAAUCAGGACAACAUUCACCUGAGGGAGCUCGGCAGAGGGGACUGGUUUGGAGAGCAAGCGCUCCAGGGGGAACACUUGAGAACAGCCAAUGUGAUUGCUGCGGAGCCCGUCACCUGCCUGGUCAUCGACAGAGACUCAUUCAAGCAUCUGAUUGGUGGACUGGACGACGUCUCAAAUAAAGUAUAUGAGGAUGCCGAAGCAAAAGCUAAGUAUGAAGCCGAGAAUGCCUUCUUCUCCAGUCUAAAGCUGAAUGAUUUCAACAUCAUUGAUACACUAGGAGUCGGAGGCUUCGGAAGAGUUGAGCUGGUGCAGCUGAAGAAUGAGGAGUCUAAAACGUUCGCCAUGAAGAUUUUGAAGAAGCGUCACAUCGUGGACACGAGGCAGCAGGAGCACAUCCGCGCAGAAAAACACAUCAUGACCGAGGCACACUCAGACUUCAUAGUCAGGUUGUACCGAACGUUUAAAGACAGUAAAUAUCUAUACAUGCUGUUGGAGUCAUGUCUAGGUGGAGAGCUGUGGACCAUUCUGAGAGACAGAGGUUCAUUUGAUGACUCAACCACUAGGUUUUACACGGGCUGUGUGGUUGAAGCAUUUUCUUACCUGCAUGCCAAAGGCAUCAUCUACAGAGACCUGAAACCUGAGAACCUGAUCCUGGACAGCCGAGGAUAUGCCAAGCUGGUGGAUUUUGGCUUUGCAAAGAAGAUCGGAUUCUGUAAGAAAACAUGGACAUUCUGUGGAACGCCGGAGUAUGUUGCUCCGGAGAUCAUCUUGAACAAAGGUCAUGAUGUUUCGGCAGACUACUGGUCUCUGGGGAUCCUGAUGUAUGAGCUGCUGACCGGCAGUCCUCCGUUUUCAGGUCCAGAUCCAAUGAAAACUUACAACAUCAUCCUGAAAGGCAUUGACAUGAUCGAAUUUCCCAAGAAGAUCACAAAGAAUGCUGCCAACCUCAUCAAGAAGCUCUGCAGGGACAGUCCAUCGGAGAGACUCGGAAAUCUGAAAAAUGGAGUGAAGGACAUCCAAAAGCACAAGUGGUUCGAAGGUUUUAACUGGGACGGACUGAGGAAAGGAACACUGACUCCACCCAUCUCGCCUAAGGUAGGCAGGCAGAAGGUGUCCUCUCCAAUCGACACCAGCAACUUUGACAAUUUUCCAGAAGACACAGACGAGCCGCCGCCUGAUGAUAACUCAGGAUGGGACUAUGACUUUUAAACAGUCCUCCUCUCUGUGACGACGUUAAAGAUGAAGACCCACCAGGCGACAAAGCCGACUGUGGAGAGUUCAUGCUUGAUCUGAACUUGGGUCAUUAAAUGAUUGGAGCUCUAAGCGUAAAUGGAAGUGCAUGGAAAAGUAUCUCUGGAAGACCAUGCGCUCAUCCAGCGGGUUCAUUCAAACAUAGCUGAGUGAUGAAGCAGCUCAAAGUGCAGAGCUGGCUUUACGUUCUUGAUUCUCUUCUGGUUCUUAGAAAUCUUUGGGAAUGUUGAACUGUUCAACCAAACAGAAUGCUGCUGAGCUUUUCUAUGAAUCUGAGUCAUUGUUUUGCUGCAGAGAAACUCUGAGGCAGUUCUUCCAUCAGCACCUGGACCACUGUGGUCUCCUUUAAACCUACUUUGUAGCUGCAAGACUCUCUGUUCCUAAUAUUCUUACAAAAAUGAACUGAUCCAGUUGCAAAUGUUGAGGUUCUUUAGUUUGUGUAAAAAGUGCCAGUUCUCAGCAUCGCCUUCAGUUUCUAAAAAUCCCCUUAGAAAACUGCCAGGACUUAAAUCACAAUCUGCUUCCACUGAAAUCUGACAGAUAUAAGGAAAACGCCUGAAGGGGUCCAAAAGUUCUCAGAUGUUAUUCACAAUAUGUCUUCUCACCUGGAGAUCUUUUUUUCUUUGUUUUUUUCUUUAGACACUUUACUGAUGAAUAAAAUUAGUUUUAAUAUGGAUAAAACAGAUCAGAUCUGAGUUUAGGCCCAAAUAGCAAGAGAAACAAACAAAAAAACCAACUAGAAAAAUGAUUAUUAGAAACUGCUGACCUUCCAACUUAAAAACGUUAAGGAUCAAGCAAAAGAUUUUUCUUAGAAACUUUUCUGUCUUUCAGUCUGUGAGUAGCAGCAUGAAAAAGAAAGUUGGUGUCAUUCUUCAGUACUUCCAACAAGUACAGGCACUUCUACAUCUUUGUUUGUUACCAGGUGGUUGUUGGUGUGAAGCUGGGCAUGGUCAGUGCAAAACGGAUUUACUAAAUGAUAAUGUCUGCCUCAGUGGCAGCAUCAGUGAUUUAAAUCCUAUUGGUUCUGAAAUCUGCAGAAUUCAACAGAUGCUCAUUUCUAGCUCCUGUGCAGAGAAUUUGUGAAUGAAGGUGUAAUUUCCUGCUGAGAACUAACAUUCAUGGAGCAGUGAGACAAGAAUAUCAUGUCAAUGCAGAUUCCCAGAAAGCAGGUGACACUUAUCCUUAAUGUUUUAAUAAAAGCUAACCCACCUUCUUUCCUGGUCCAUGAAGGCAGUUUACCUGCGUCAUUUCAGACUGGUUUGGAGUUUCCUUCCUGUUACUCUGUUACUGUGAGCAUAAACAGAUUACAUUGGUGGAAGCUAAGCUGGAAAUUUUCUACCGACCAGGUAUAAUUACUAAAACAUUCAGCGAGGAUAUCUCCAGUAACAAAGAAAGGAAAAACCAUUGGUCUUUUCACAAGGAUUUUAGCAUCAUUAUAGUGUUUGCUUCCAUCUGGUGGGUUAAUGUUGCCACUGUAAUUUUCUCAUGGUGCUGAGAAGACCUUAAAUAUAUAGCUUUUUACGCUCGGUGCCUAUGUGAUGUGUGGAUUCUGUGAAAGCUUUUAACAUCAGAUUUCAUUUGGCUCUGAUUUGCUCAACAAACAACAUUAUGUAAACAACCAUGGAGGAGUUGUGAUACUCUGAAGCUGUGACCAUGUUUUCUUUAACUGAACUGAGACUCUGUAGAAAUCCUUCUUCCAUUCUGCAGACAGUUUGAUCUACUUGGUUGGCUGUAGUUUUCACUUUGUGCCACUACAUGUCACUGCUUAAAAUAUGCUGGACAUUAAACUCCUAUAACUUUGUCUAACUCAAGAUUUCUGUUGAAGAUUGCCACUAAAUGAACUAUGUUUAUUCGACAAUGAAACUGGUGAUGAAGAACAUCGAUGACAAGGUUUGAUCUCUUUCUGAUUAACCAGUUUCUAAUUGAUCAGCUAAAUGUGCAUUACAGAAGGGUUUAAAGCAGCUUGUCAGCAUUUACUACAAAACAGACUAGGAUUCAGUGUCAGCUCUCUUCAUUAAACCUGUGACCAUGGUUGAAAUAUCAGGUGCUGCAGCAAAACAAACUAUUACAUGCACGACCUUUGCAUGCUAACAGUGUUGAAGUGAAAGAGUUGCGACAGAUGUGCCGUUUUGAUGUCUACUUCCUCAAAGAAGGAUCUCUGAUCUCUGUAUUUUGUGCAAUUUUUAAAAAGUGAACAGCUGUGUUCAUUUUGUAUGAAGCUUUUGUAUUAUCAGUCAGACUUUACUGCAAUAUUUUUGUAAAAUAAUCAGUUGUGUGAAAUCUCUGCAUGACGACAGUGGUAACAGUGUAUGGUCUGCACCACUAGAGGGAGAGUAUAGUCCAGUUAAUACAAUCAACCAAAAUUAUCUGAGAGUUAUUAUCUGGAGUCAUUUUAAAAGUCAAAUAUAAAAAUGAGUUUCUUUAUCUGAUGGCAGCCAGCAUUCACUUUAGAGGCAAUGACCUGAUCAAAUUAUUUGAUGCUUAAUGUCAGUGAGGUCAUGUUGGAGUAUUAAAGUUUUGUUUGGACCACAAGGAAAAAGGUGUGCAUAUUUCAGUGAUUCUAAUUUGUGUUUAUGGGUGAUCUAUUUGUAUAUUGAGGAAUAUGUUCCUAUAGCUCCUAUAUAUUUAAUAUUAUGUUACAACUGUAGCUAAAGAAACUUCCUGUUUUCUAGUGCAGAUAACGUCUAUGAGUCAGACUGUUAGAAACUGAGACCUGAUGCCAAACUAUGGAUGUUUAAAAAAAAUAAAAGGUUCAACAAUAA